AUGUCCAACAUCGAUGUGCAACCAAUGGUCGACAAAGCUCGUGAUCUAAGUCAGCGAGCGGAAAUAGAAGCAAGAGACGGGAACCCAGAUCAUCGGAACACUCAGUUGAUCAAGGAAUGUCGGGCAAUGGUUCAGGAAUUCAUUGAGGCCGAGGAAAAGAUCAAGAAUGAACUCAAUGAGCUGCAGGAGACCCCUCCGGAUGAGAAUAGCCACGGACGGGGCGGUGCCGGUGACAAGCUCAGGAAGCUAGAUUCCAAGCUGAAUAACUUGAAAGAGGCCCACCGCAGUUUGGAGAGGAACAUGGGAGGUUUAUAUCGUAGAUAG